ACGCGAGCUAGCCCCAACCAUUCACCAUGGACCAGGCGAGUCCCACCCGCGACCGACCCCUAAAGAACGCGGACCCGAGCCAACCCGCCUUCAAGCCCCGAACCGUGCACAAGCUUGAUCAUCAGUACCGUGACAGGGCUGACGAGCGACGCCAGGGACGAGCACACGACUAUGCCCAAGUGGAGGCUUUGGCAGAGGACUUUGAGAAGCGGAACGCAGACGAGGACCCGGAAACGCUCGAGGAGCAACGCAGGUUCCUUGGCGGCGACAGCGAGCACACCGUGCUCGUCAAGGGCCUCGACUAUGCCCUCCUAGAACAGAACAAGGCCCGCCUCGCCGCAGAGCCCACCGGUGGCGACGACGAGCUCGAGCAGGCAUUCGCCGAGGCUGCGUCCUCCUCCCACCAUGUCCCCCAGAAACGCACGCGCGCAGACAUCGUCCGAGAGCUGAAGAACAAGCGCCUCAAAGGCGAGCCUGCGUCCGGGGAGCCCGGUACACCCGCCGGCCCAGACGUCCCGAUCGACGACGCCAGGGGGUCGGGCAACUUCAAGCCCAUCGGAAAGAACGCGGACCCGAGCCAACCCGCCUUCAAGCCCCGAACCGUGCACAAGCUUGAUCAUCAGUACCGUGACAGGGCUGACGAGCGACGCCAGGGACGAGCACACGACUAUGCCCAAGUGGAGGCUUUGGCAGAGGACUUUGAGAAGCGGAACGCAGACGAGGACCCGGAAACGCUCGAGGAGCAACGCAGGUUCCUUGGCGGCGACAGCGAGCACACCGUGCUCGUCAAGGGCCUCGACUAUGCCCUCCUAGAACAGAACAAGGCCCGCCUCGCCGCAGAGCCCACCGGUGGCGACGACGAGCUCGAGCAGGCAUUCGCCGAGGCUGCGUCCUCCUCCCACCAUGUCCCCCAGAAACGCACGCGCGCAGACAUCGUCCGAGAGCUGAAGAACAAGCGCCUCAAAGGCGAGCCUGCGUCCGGGGAGCCCGGUACACCCGCCGGCCCAGACGUCCCGAUCGACGACGCCAGGGGGUCGGGCAAGUUCAAGCCCAUCGGGUUCAAACCCAUCGGCGCGGACGCGAAGCCGAAGAAGAAAAAGAAGGCCAACGAGGGAGGAGAGAAAGACGGCGCUCCGAAGAAGAAGAGAAGGAAGGCCGCCGACGACCACGACGGCGACGGCCCGCCAGGCGAAGCCGCACCAAAACUGCCGCCGAUAGCGGCUGAACGCGCGCCCGCCGCUGCGCCCUCAAAGUUGGCGCCAUCAGAGCCCACAGACGAUGCCGACGACGACGACAUCUUCGCCGGCGCGGGCGACUACACGGGCAUCGAGGUCGGCGACGACGACAACGACAGCGACGAGGGGCCAAGCGACGAAGAGGGUGCAGCAAUAGCCAGGGCAGCAGCACAGGAGACUUCAGACGGUGAGAUCGCACCAGACUCGACGGCACCGCGCCGCCGCUGGGUCGACAUCGACGAGCGCCCUGCGGCGGCGCCCCCGUCGCCACCAGAGCAGGCGGCGGUCGCCGGGUCCGAGUCGCAGCCAGUGGUGGUACCGCCGCAGCCCACAGAAGAAGCAGACGAAGACGGGCAGCCUGCGCGCCUGCUGCCGCUUGCGUCGAGCGCGGUGCCGAGCAUCCGCGAGCUGCUCGCGAUGGACGAGGCGCAGGAGCGCGAGGAGAAGCGGCGGGCGCGGAAGGAGAAGAAGAAGGGGAAGAAGGACAAGGGCGGGGACGACAGCGAGUAGUUCUCUCCCGGGGGCGUGGCGCACGCGCGCUGCUUUACGGGGCGGAAAAUGUCACGUCGAUUAGUUGUGCAAGGACAGGCUAGAUAUAUGGGCGGGAGGCUGCUAGCUCUGUACUCCUUGCUACCGCUUUGCAAUGGAUGACGCGACUGCCGCUCUUACUGGAGUCCUCCCCUCGGCCGCCGUGAGUGGGUUCUUUGGCGCAAGCUGGAAACUCGGUCCUCGCGCGUAGUG